CUGAAGUCGCCAAUGUAGAACGGGUUAUAGCUUUGUUGUGACUGGGAGGAAGGAAGGAAAUCCUAAACCCUAGAGCACAGAGCCAUGGCGAAGCAGAGGAGCAAGAAGAAGAACAAGGGUGAUGGCGCGCCCAUGGAGGUCUCCUCUGACAAGGCUGUGGAUAUGCCUCAAUCGAUGGAUACAUGUGAGGCAGCUACCUCCAAUCCAGCUUUAAAGCCAUCUAUCGGAAAGAUAAAGAAGGGAAUCCCAUUGAGGCGAGCAAAGAACAUGAAGAAACAAAAAACCAUUGCUAGAGCUGUCAUCAACAGUGAAAAGUCUGCAGAGAAAGUCUUAAAGAGCAAAAAUAAAAUGUCUAGAAUUCAAUCCGCAAAGACUUUGUACGAGUAGAACAUAUUUUGGCCCCUUUAUGUAUCUUGAAUGAUUCACAGCAACACUAUUAAAUAUUUUUUUACUGCUUUGCCUGUUAUGUAAUAUCAUACGUUUUUAGUCUGAGUUUUCCAGCUUUUGUUAGCUAUUAUUGUUUCAAAGUCUUGUUGUCUUCAGCCAACGACCUUCGGGUCUAUUGGUACACGGGUUAUCGAUAGAGCUUUCACAUAGUGGUGAGAGUUCGAUUCUCGGCUGAGAGCAUAUUUUUGGGAGUUGUGAAUAGUAGUUGUGUACGAAAAAAAAGUUAAGUUGUCUUCUUA